CAGGUAGUUGACUAAAGUCAGUAAAAACGGUAGUUGGUGACGAGACAUUUCGUUGUCGCGUCCCUCUUAGAUUCUCAAUUCCUCGGAUAGUAUCACGUGAAAUUUAGUGUCUAUUGUCGUCCAUCGAUCAACUCAAAUCUUACGUUUUCGAAAGCGAGCGCAAAAAAAAAAAAAAAUAACGUAUUUGACUCGAUAGAAGAAAAAAGUCAUCGCACGUACUGCUAUGGACGUGACAAUAGUGUUCGAGCUAUAAGCUCGUCUCUUUCUUCAUGGCAAGCGGUGCAUUCUAGAUUAAUUUAUGGUUUUACUCGAUUAGCCUACUGAUUUGGUGAUUUGUCCAGUGCAAUGGCUAAAAAGAUUAUCGUGCAUGGUACAAAAUAUAUAAAGUAAGUGGAUAUAUUAGUAUUUCAAUUAUUUAAUAAAUCAGAAGAUUCACAAUGGAUUCUGAAGAAGAAACAUACGAUGAUGUUGAUUCUGGUAAUGAGUCUAGCGGAGAUGAUGUUGAUUUUGCAAUGGAAAUUGAGGCUGGAAAUUUAAGAGAACGGGCUACGGAUGUUGAUGAUUAUCCAUUUGAAGUGUUGUCAACAGAAGAAAUAGUGCAACACAUGGUUGAUUCUAUUAAGGAAGUUAACACAGUUGUAGAAAUACCAGCCACAACUACACGUAUUUUAUUAAAUCAUUUUAAAUGGGAUAAAGAAAAAUUAAUGGAGCGUUUUUAUGAUGGUGAUCAGGAAAAAUUGUUUGCAGAAGCACGAGUCGUUAAUCCAUUUAGAAAGGGUCCAUUAAUAAAUAGAACUCAAUCUUCUCAAAGUUCACUAACCAGAAGAACUUCAACAAAUGGUACAGAAGAAUGUGGAAUUUGUUUUACUGUUCAACCAUCUGCAAUGAUGACUGGACUCGAAUGUGGACAUCGCUUUUGUACUGGCUGUUGGGGAGAGUAUCUCACAACCAAAAUUAUGGAAGAAGGAGUUGGCCAAACGAUUGCAUGUGCAGCACAUGCUUGUGACAUUUUAGUUGACGAUGCCAGUGUUAUGCGUCUUAUAAAAGACUCUAAAGUGAAAUUGAAAUAUCAACAUUUAAUAACAAAUAGUUUUGUUGAAUGCAAUAGGUUAUUAAGGUGGUGUCCAUCUCCAGACUGUAAUAAUGCAAUAAAAGUGCAGUAUGUAGAAGCGAGACCAGUAACUUGUAAAUGUGGACAUACAUUCUGUUUCCAUUGUGGUGAAAAUUGGCAUGAUCCAGUAAAAUGCCAUUUGUUGCGCAAAUGGAUAAAGAAGUGUGACGAUGAUUCUGAAACGUCAAAUUGGAUUGCAGCAAACACAAAAGAAUGCCCAAAAUGUAACGUCACUAUCGAAAAAGAUGGUGGAUGCAAUCAUAUGGUGUGCAAAAAUCAAAAUUGUAAAACUGACUUUUGUUGGGUGUGUCUUGGACCAUGGGAACCACAUGGUUCAAGCUGGUAUAAUUGUAACCGUUAUGAUGAAGAAGAAGCUAAAGCAGCACGAGAUGCUCAAGAAAAAUCGCGAUCUGCAUUACAAAGAUAUCUAUUCUAUUGUAAUAGAUAUAUAAAUCACAUGCAAUCAUUGAAAUUUGAAAGUAAACUAUAUGCAAGUGUAAAAGAAAAAAUGGAAGAAAUGCAGCAACAUAACAUGUCAUGGAUUGAGGUACAAUUUUUAAAGAAAGCAGUAGACAUUUUGUGUUCCUGUAGACAAACUCUUAUGUAUACUUAUGUUUUUGCUUAUUAUGUGCGAAAAAAUAACCAAUCUGUGAUUUUUGAAGACAACCAAAAGGAUCUAGAGGGCACUACAGAACGCCUCUCUGAAUAUCUCGAACGAGAUAUUACAAGUGAAAAUCUUGCUGAUAUUAAACAAAAGGUUCAAGACAAAUAUAGAUAUUGCGAUAGCCGGAGGAAAGUGCUUUUGGAACACGUACAUGAAGGUUAUGAAAAAGAUUGGUGGGACUAUGUCGAAUAGAGACCUGAACCAACUUUGUUUCUUGGGCAUACGAGACAAGAUUUCACUGUUGACACUUUUGCCCCAGCUGUGAUAAAUCAAGAAAGCUGACAGAAAACAAAAAUAGAGCAUGUCAUCAAGUGAUUUACAUGUUAUAUAUACUUUAAACGUAAUAUGAUCUGUGGCAACACAUAUAUCGUUAUGAAUUUUUGAAUUUAUUAAAAUUGAAUCCUAUUAUUAUCAGGCUAAUUGUAAAAUACUUUCGCAUUAAUUAACGAUGCUAAUUUGCGCUUGCUGUGUGCUGUUUAUCGUUACAUAUUUCAAUCCCUCAUAAACAUGCCUUGCAAUAAUAUUUUCAAGUCUCAAGUGAAUUUUAUAUAUUAAAUAUGUCGAUGAUAUAAAAGAAAUCGAAGUGUGUUGCUGUACUGAAAAAAAAGGAUUAUCGAAAAAUUUGCUUAAUAUAUUUUAAUGCCAUAGUAUAAUACAUUGUGUAUCCCUUUUCAUACUACUAUAGGAUUCUCCGGAAAAGUGUUAUUUGAUUUAUGGAUAAAAGCUUUUCGAGAAUGCUUUGAAUAGUACAUGAAAAGGCUAAUAUAGAACUAGACUACCUUGAUCUGUCUUUUAUUGUCAAUCCUGUGCACUCGAUUUAUAAAGGGAUAAUUGGAUAUAACAGGAUACUGGUGCAGAUAAGAUUCAUAAAAUGUCUUACCAUUUUUGCUCUGUUUUGGACAGUAAUACGUCCAGGCUAUAACUGCCAAUCUUUAUGAGAAACUGAACUAAAGUGAUCAUGUCGUCAGUAUUGUGUGCAAUCUCUAGAUAAAAUUAUAUUUCUUUACCUUUUAUUCUGUUUCUGUUUACAUAAUUUCAAUAAAAUUAUACUCUUAAAAUGAAUAUUUUUUGUAUUUGUAAAAAUAAACGAUUGAAAAUUGUUUCAUAAGAAAAAAAUAAAAAUACUUAAAUUAUUAGUAAACUAUAAUAUUUUCUUGCUAUGAUAAGUUACUAGAGUCGAGCAAGCAAAUUAUUAAAACAGGGUCCAACAUUCGUAGGGAUUAAUAAUUCACAUUAUUCAGCAUUAAUAUACCGAAUAGGAAAUUGAAUAUUAUUUAUACUCGAACCACUCAAUUUUAAAGGUAUGGAAAUAUCAAAUAUUUUCGUUUAUUUCUUCAUUUAAAAUCAAGAAGAAAUUAAACAUUUCCCUUCUACUUAAUAUGUGAUCGUUGCUUCUUUAAAAUUUAUUUCAUGUUUGGUGAGAGAUAUUUUUAAUACUGACGAUAUGUUUCAUAUAUCAUUAAUCAAGUAAUUGUUGGUUAAUGAUUGUGGUACGUUGGUCACUUACUGUUAUAUAAGUGGGAACGAAAUGAGUUCCGUUUGUAUAGUUAUAUAGUUAUAUAUUCACACGUAAAUGCAUAAUACAUACUUAUACAUAGUUGUAAUAUCGAUAUUAGCAACCUUAAAGUAGAAACAUUUGAAGGUUUAUUAAAAAGAAUUGUUGAUUCGUACUAUUAUCCUCGUUAGGAUAUAACAAUUAAAAGAAAAUAAAAAAAAGCAAUUGUGUUCUGUACAGUCACAAGAUCUGAGUAGAAAUAAGAAAAACUGUUAGAUAUAUUCACAGCAAAUUAUUCUCAAGUUUAUGAUUUUGUAUUGUAUGUUCAUGUAAUGCAUAAAGUUAUAAACUAUAA